AUGCCCUCGGCUGCGGCGCGCGCGCCCUGGCGCUGGCUGGCAGCGGGCAGGGCGUCUCGGAGGCUGGUGCUGGGGGUGGUGUUCGUCGCGCUGCUGCUGGACAACAUGCUGCUGACAGUCGUGGUUCCGAUCAUCCCCACCUUCCUUUACACCACAGAAUACGAAGGUGCCAACAGCUCUGCUGUGCCAGCCCGGGCUGACGGCUGCCCGGAGGGUGAGGAGUUCCUUUCCAAGGAAAACGUCCGCGUGGGGCUGCUCUUUGCCUCCAAGGCUCUCGUACAGCUGGUGGUCAACCCGCCCGUGGGUCUCCUGACCAACAGGAUAGGAUAUCACAUCCCCAUGUUCAUCGGGUUCGUCAUCAUGUUCCUCUCCACAGUCAUGUUUGCUUUCUCAGGCACCUACUCCCUGCUGCUCACCGCCCGAGCCCUCCAAGGCGUUGGGUCAUCGUUCUCAUCAGUUGCAGGCCUGGGGAUGCUGGCCAGCGUCUACACCGACGACUUCGAGAGGGGCAACGCCAUGGGCAUCGCUCUUGGAGGCCUGGCCUUGGGUCUGCUGAUCGGGGCACCCUUUGGGAGCGUGAUGUACGAAUUCGUGGGGAAAUCAUCUCCCUUCCUGGUCCUGGCGUUCCUGGCCCUCCUGGACGGAGCUUUGCAGCUCUGCAUACUGCAGCCCUCCAAGAUCUCCCCCGAGAGCACCAAGGGCACGCCGGUGUCCACCCUGCUGCGAGACCCCUACGUCCUGGUCGCUGCAGGAGCCCUCUGCUUCUCCAACAUGGGGGUGGCCAUGCUGGAGCCCACCUUGCCCAUCUGGAUGAUGCAAACCAUGUGCUCCCCGAAAUGGCAGCUGGGGAUGGCGUUCCUCCCUGCCAGCGUAUCCUACCUCAUCGGCACCAACGUCUUCGGGAUCCUGGCUAACAAAAUGGGCCGGUGGCUGUGCUCCCUGAUCGGCAUGGCUCUGGUGGGAAUCAGCCUCCUCUGCGUACCUCUGGCCAAAAACAUUUACGGGCUCAUCGGCCCGAACGGUGGGCUUGGCUUUGCCAUAGGAAUGGUGGACUCCUCAAUGAUGCCUAUCAUGGGUUACCUCGUGGACCUUCGCCACACCUCCGUCUACGGCAACGUCUACGCCAUAGCGGACGUCGCCUUCUGCAUGGGCUUUGCGAUCGGCCCAUCCACAGGCGGUGCGAUCGUACGAGCUAUUGGGUUUCCCUGGCUGAUGGUCAUCAUUGGAGUUAUCAAUAUUGCUUACGCUCCCCUCUGUUGGUACCUGCGCAACCCUCCCGCUAAAGAGGAGAAGAUUGUGAGCAAUUAAUGCCCCAUGCAAACCAACAGCUACACUACUCAGAAAACCCUGCGCGAUUUCCCUCUCACAGACGACAGCGACGUGGAGGCAGAAGAUGCGGAGUAG